AAACCCGAACCCGAAACCCGAAACCAACCGAAACCGAAACCCGAAACCCGAAACCCGAAACCGAAACCGAACCCGAACCCGAAACCCGACCCGACCGAAACCCCGAAACCCAAACCGAACCCUAACCCGAAACCGAACCCGAAACCGAAACCG